AUGAUGCGGUGCCUCCUCAUCAGCCAAGACCAGCGCCACAAUCCAAUUCAUCUGCCUGAUGGUGUGAUGGUGGUUCUUGGCAGGGGACCGAAGACUCUUAUAACUGAUAAGAAAUGUUCACGGACUCAAGUGGAGUUGCUGGCAAAUUAUGCUUACAGAUCUGUAAGAGUCACACAGCGAGGAGUGAACCCCACGUCGGUGGAGGAGAUUCACCUACGUUGCGGCGAUAGCACGACGCUCCAAGAGGCCGAGACGCUGUGCUUAGUGAACGGACAGUACCGUUAUUGCAUCCGCUUUGAGCAAGAUUCCCACUCCCCCAAAAAAACCGUGCGGGAGUAUUUCAGCCCCCGGCGCCCCUUGAAGGAGGAUGACGACAUGGCCCAGCCGCCCAAGCGGUCCCGGGCCUCCAGCCCUUCUGAGGACGAAGACGAUGACCCUUCUGUGGUGGAAAAACUGAGGCAACUACAGGAGAUGGCAGCUCAGGCGAAGCAGGCGCGGCAGCCUUCCCCACAGGCCCUCCCGAAUCUGUCUUCCCAUCCUCGAGAUUCCUGGGAGGACUUGGGCAAGCUCUUGGUCUUCAUGAAGAAAGGGGUGAUGCCAAGUGCCAAAAUUGCAGGUUUCGAUUUAGAUGGAACCAUAAUCACGACGCAGUCUGGGAAAGUGUUUCCGACAGGCCCCGAUGACUGGAAAAUCCUGUACCCUGAAGUCCCCCGCAAGCUGAAGCAGCUUUUGAGUGAGGGGUACAAGGUUGUGAUUUUCACCAACCAGCUGGGCAUCAGCCGGGGACGUCUCAGGCCUGAGGUUUUCAAAGCCAAACUGGAAGCUGUGGUCGAGCGGCUGGGCAUCCCAGUCCAGGCCUUCGUGGCAACUGGCUCUGGCAUUUACCGCAAACCCGUCUUGGGCAUGUGGGACCAUCUGUGCAAAAAGGCAAACGGCGACCUGUCCGUGUCUUUGAGCCAGAGUGUCUACGUGGGAGAUGCAGCUGGGCGCCCACCAAACUGGGCCCCUGGGCAUAAGAAGAAGGAUUUUUCAUGCAGCGACCGCCUGUUUGCUCUGAACGCUGGCCUGCCCUUCAAAACUCCUGAAGAAUAUUUCCUGGGCUGGAAAGAGGCUCCAUUUUCACUCCCUGACUUUGAUCCACGGGCGCUGGAUCCCAAGGCACGGCUCUACGAUCCCCCAGAUGCUUCCCUGACCUCCUUCUCCCCAGAGCUGGUUUUGACAGUUGGCUUCCCAGCUGCCGGCAAGUCGACGUUUGUGAAGCAACGCUUGGUCUCGGCUGGCUAUGCCUAUGCCAACAGGGACACGCUUGGUUCAUGGCAGAAGUGUGUGGCUGUGUGCCAGUCGGCACUGCUAGGAGGAAAGAGCGUGGUGGUGGACAACACCAAUCCGGACUUGGAGUCGAGAGGCAGGUACAUUGACUGUGCCAAGGCGCUUGGGGUUCCCUGCCGGUGCUUCCUCUUCACGGCCUCGUUGGAGCAAGCCAAGCAUAACAACAGAUUCCGGGAAAUGACUGAGAAGGAACACGUGCCUGUUAACAGUAUUGUCUUGAACACCCAUAAGAGUAAAUACGUAGAACCAUCGCUAGAGGAAGGUUUUGCUGAAAUCCUGAAGAUCCAUUUUGUGCCGCAGUUCACAAACCCAGAGCUGGAGUCACUCUACCGUCAGUUUUCAGAAGGAUGACAGCCACGUGGCCGUGCGCCAGCCCUGGGACUCUCCCAC